UAAUAUUUGCGAAGCUUUCCUCUACCUCGCAGAAUCAAGGACUCCAGUUGUUCUCCGACUCAUUCUGAACAGUUUGGCCGACCGGAACUUCAUGAGCGUGCAGUCCGACGAGUGUACGUUUGCUCGAUGCUUGAUGCCCUAACCGAUGGAACCGUCUACGAAUAAAGCUCAGGUAACCGAAAUCGGUCAUCUAGCUGGAGGUUUGGGUCCCUACCAAUUGAUGAUCGUGUCAAUGGUGUUCCUGAGGAGCUUCCCAAGCUCGUGGACCCUCACGGGACUAGAGUACGUCGCUGGAGACGUCGACCACUGGUGUGCUCCAGCGGAUGAAUCCUUUUCACCAGAGGUUUGGAAACGGGACUUCAUUCCACCAAGGGAACGCUGUCAUAGUUUUGCAAUCAACAAUUCGGAGAUCGAUCGGACCCGUCAGGUCGCGUGCGAGUCUUGGACAUUCAAUUCAACCUUGCUGUCCAGCUCUGUGGAAGAAUUCAAGCUAGUUUGCGACUCAUCAUGGCAGAAGUCCGCCAUCCAGAGCAACGUUUUCGUUGCCCAGAUAGCGGGUGCGUUGUUCUCGGGCCGUCUUUCGGACAGAUAUGGACGAUUACCGAUCUACAUGGGGUCAACCGUUCUCUUCGUCGUGUUCGGUGUGCUAGCAGCAUUCUCGCCGUCUGUGAUAAUUUUCAACGUGCACCGCUUCCUUCAAUGCGUUUGUAUUGCCGGACUCAACACUUGCAUCUCGACUCUCUACGCCGAGGUCAGCCUUCCGAAACACCGAAGUCUCUUAAAUGUGGGGUUCGCCCUGGGUUUCCAAAUGCCCAUGCUGUUCCUGCCUUCCUUGGCAGGAUACUUGCAUAGCUGGAGGCACGUGCAAAUGGCCAUGGCGCUGAGUGCUGUGCCCUUGCUCCCGUACUUCUUUUUCCUUCAAGAAUCUCCUCGUUGGCUCCUGAUGCGGGGUAACUUCGAAAAAGCUCGGGGGACGCUGGAAAAAAUUCUCAAGUUCAACCGGAUGGAUUCGUCGAUUCUUGAGAAAAUGCCACGGACUGCCAAGCGCUUGUCUGGAGACGAAUCGAAUGCUCUGAAACUAUUCUCACCUGCGCUGUUUUCGUCUACUCUGGCGCUUUUCUCGUUGUGGUUCAUGUGCCAAUUUUCGUUCUAUGCAUCGAUCUUCACGUCGACACGGCUUCCUGGGAACAAAUCCCUCAAUUUCGCUUUGACAGCUGCGGCUGGCGUCGCAGGCGGUGCGCUCUCCAUUGUGCUUUUGCGGUGGGUGCGACGACGACGCACCGUCGGCAUAUUCCUAUGUCUAUCGAGCGUGUCAUUCCUGAUUUUGGCGUCACUACCACAAGAUUCAGCUGUAUGGCUCCACGUUGCAACAGCCAUGGUGCUCAGAUUCACUAUGGUGGUGUCUACUGGAGUGUGUUGGACCUACAGUCUCGAGGUAUUCCCGACCAUGCUCCGGAACUUCGGCUUCAGCUGCUGUUUCUGCUUCGGACGUGUCGGCGGGGCGAUCGCUCCCUUCAUGAGAGAUUUGGGUGAAUGGCAUCCGUCGGCACCGUUCCUAGUUCUAAGCCUUGCGUGUAUUGUUGGCACCUUAAGCUUGCCUUUACUGCCCGAAACUUUGAACGCGGCUUUGCCAGACAAUCUCGAGGAGUCUGUCCAAUUGAGACGGAGUAAAAAGCUGGAGCACGCGAUCGCUCCGAUAAAGAUGUUGAAUUCAAAGAAAUGAAGAAAUCAUCCUCAUCGGGGAAAUU